AUGUUUAAUGGCUCCGCUCCUCCCAACGGAGGAGGCGCCGACGCCAAUGGUCUAGCCGCCAGUCAAGGCAUCGUCAAAUCCGUCUUGGAUGCGCUCCAACGCGACGGUCCACAGCCCGUCGUCAGCCUCGAUCAGCAUGCGCUCCUCCUCGAGACGCUCCUCUCCGACGCAUUGCCCAGCACUCCAGUCCUCCAUCCCGCUCAGCGUCAGAAGCUCUUCAACGCCAUUGCAGACAAAGUGGGUCCCGAAGCAACCGCAGACGCAGUUCGUCAUGCGCUUCCCAAACUCAAGAUCAAGCCCGAAAAGAAUGUCGCCGACCUUCUCAUUGAGCUCGGGGUUCGCAGCCUCCCCACCGUCGAUGCAGCUCGUGCCGUCCUCCAGCGCUUCGGCUUGACCGAGGCAAAUCCACCCGACGAGCGCAUGCUUUCCGAGAUCCUCGCCAUCCUGCUCUCCGUCGACCCCGCCAUCUUCGAGAGCGAUCGCGUCACCAAUUUUGCCAACCUCGCCCGUGCUUUCGCAGCCAUCAAGCAGCAACUCUCUUGGCCUCGCGUCAUCCGUGGUCUCGAUGAGCUCGAUGGCUUCAACCCUUCCUUCCACGGUCACAUGGCCGGCAUGGCCGACUUGCUUCUUCACGCUCCUGUCCAGGGUCAGACCUCGGCCGUCUCCGGCUUGUGGGGCCCAUGGCACCAUCGUCUGCGACAGCUCCAGAUCUUCCACGGUCUUCUCGCUCUCGGCUCGGACGCCUUCAGCUUUGCUAACCUACCCGGUCGACGCGUCCUGACGGCAGAGCAGCUCGAAAACGCACCCAACAGCGGUAUCGUCGCCGCCGCCCAACCUCUCUUCAGCAGCGCCUACAAUUCGCUCGACCUCGUCGAGACGCUCAUCGAGAUCUCCGCCUCGGAUGAUCAGAACGUCAGGUCCGCCGUUCAGGAAGUGCUCGAGCAGGCCAUCAAGGCUUGUCCCGAGCUCAUCUUGCUCGGACUCGUCCAAAUCCCCCAACCUUGGAACGCCAUCCACGCAGAGCUCGCUUCUCAGCUGCUUACCAUGUUCAUGACCCCGCACAACAGCAGCCUCCUCGUCUUUUACUGCAUCUUGGACACGCAGCGCGACUAUCUGCUCAACGCCUUCCGCAACUUUUACCUCGAAAAUCAGCUCAACCUCAACCGCAUCGUCGACAUUGCUCAGAGUCUCGGCAUCGUUGACGAUCUCGUCGAUGCUCGUCCAUUUGCAUUUGCCCUUGACGUCGCAGCGCUGGCUUCCCGUCGCGAAGCUAUCGACCUCGACGCUUGGCUUCAGGACAACAUUAGCCGUCAUUCCAGCGACUUCAUUCGCGCCGUUCUCGAGUUCCUCGACGUCAAGGCCAAGGACGACCUCGCCAAGCCCGAUCCGCAGGCUGAGCAGAGCUUCGUCCCGCUCACCGUUCAGAACGUCGCCAGCUUCCUCAAGGCGUUGCGCUCCAAUGGCGAGAGCAUGAGCGCCGAAGAAAUCGACUUCUUCAAAGGCGUUCGCAAUGUCUGCCUUCAGCUUCACCCGCGUCUCAUGAACCUGGCUCCCGGUGCUGAAGGCCAAGAGCCCGGCUUGCAGGUCGUCACCUUCUCCCAAGACAUUCACGAGGAGGCCGAUUCGUGGUAUCGUCAGAUGUACGAAGGCAAGAUCAGCAUCGAGGACAUUGUGCUCUUGCUCCAGCGCACCCGUGCUUCGGACAACCCUCGCGACCAUCAGAUCUUUGCGUGCAUGGUGCACACCCUCUUCGACGAGUACCGCUGGUUCGAGAUGUACUAUCCCGCCGCCGAGCUCGAGAUGACCGCUGUUGUGUUUGGCUCCCUCAUCCAGUACCAACUCAUCGACUACAUCCCGCUCGGCAUCGCGAUCCGCUACGUCCUGGACGCCCUUCGCAACCCACCAGACUCGAGCAUGUUCAAGUUCGGUCUUCAAGCCCUCUUGCGCUUCCAGAAUCGUCUGCCCGAGUGGCCACAGCUCUGCCAGGCGCUUCUGUCCAUGCCGCAUCUCCAGCAAUCCUACCCCAACAUCAUCCGCCUCGUCAAGAUGGCUCUCGCCGGUCAGCUGCCUGGCGCCGACGUUGGCAUGCCCGGAGGCCAGCCGCUCGAGGAUAAGAAGGCGCCCUUCCCUGCCAUCAGGGCCGACCCCUUGCCUCAGGAUGGAGAGCAGCGCGAUCCCAGCGAGGAGAUCACUGAUAAGGUGCUCUUCCUCGUCAACAACCUCUCGCCCACCAAUCUCGAGUCCAAGCUGGGCGAUGCCAAGCGACUGAUCACCGCCGACACCUAUCGGUGGUUCUCCAACUACCUCGUCCUGCAGCGAAUUAGCAUCGAGCCCAACAACCACGGUCUAUAUGCUCAGUUCCUCGACGGCUUGGAUGCCAAGGGUCUGACAGCCUACAUCCUGCACGAGACGCUCUCCAAGUGUCAGAUGCUGCUCAACAGCGACAAAACGCUCCAGUCGACGCAGGAGCGCAACCUGCUCAAGAACUUGGGCUCUUGGCUUGGAAGCCUCACCUUGGCCCGCGACAAGCCAAUUCGUCACCGCAACAUCGCCUUCAAAGAGCUUCUCAUCCAAGGCUACGACAGCAACCGACUCAUUGUGGCCAUUCCCUUUGUCUGCAAGAUUAUGGAGCAAUGCGCCAAGUCGAACGUGUUCAAACCUCCCAACCCUUGGCUCAUGGCGGUCCUACGCCUCAUGGUGGAGCUCUACCAGUUUGCAGAGCUCAAGCUGAAUCUCAAAUUCGAGAUCGAGGUCCUUUUCAAGGGGCUCAACGUCGAACUGAAAGACGUGCCGCCCACGACGAUCCUCCGCAACCGACCCUCCGCCGAGCUGCUGCAACAGCAACAACAGCAGCAACAACAACAGCAGCAGCAACAGCAGCAGCUGUCUGCGGGUCAGUUCCAGCAUCUCAGCCAACAACAGCAGCAACAGGCCGCUGCACAGAUGCAAAUCCAACAGCAGCGCCAGCAUCAGCAGCAGCUCUCUCAGCAGCCAGCUACCGGCAUCGCCCAGGACCUCGAGCGGCUUUCGAUUGCUGGCGGAUACAGUGCAGCUGCCGCUGGCCGCAUGGGUCCGCAGUCGCAAAAGGCCAGCGCUGCCGCUGCAGCUGUCGCUGCAGCAGGCUCGGGCGCUCAGCCUGGUCAGUCGGCUGCUGCCGCCGCGGCGUACACCGAAGCACUCGUGUCGAUGCUCCAGAGCCUGCCGCAAUACGUCGUGAUCAACCCCCAGCUCACCAUGUUCAGCAGCAAUGCAGCGCUCAAGCGACUCAUCUACGUCGCCAUCGACCGUGCCAUCCGCGAGAUCAUCGCACCGGUCGUCGAACGAUCCGUAACGAUCGCGUCCAUCUCGACGCGCGAGCUCGUGACCAAGGACUUCGCUAUGGAGGGAGACGAGGAGAAGAUGCGCAUUUCGGCGCACCAGAUGGCGCAGAACCUCGCCGGCAGUCUCGCCCUCGUAACUUGCAAGGAGCCGCUACGCAUCAGCAUGAUCGCCAACGCCCGUACCCUACUCCUUUCCAACGGCUUCACCGAGCAGAACGUGCCCGAACAGGCCUUGAUGGUCAUCAUGCAGGAGAAUCUCGACCUCGCCUGCUCUGUCAUCGAGAAGGCAGCUAUGGAUAAGGCGGUUCCCGAAGUCGACGAGGGCCUCACCAACGCCUAUUCGAGCCGUCGCGAGCAUCGUACGCGAGGGCGUGGCUACUACUGGGACAGCGCUGCAUUGGCCGCUUCGCAGUACGCCGCCACGUUACCCGACAUGCUGCGAUUGCGGCCCGACGGUCUCGUUCCAGCCCAGUUGCGCGUCUACGACGGCUUCAGCCGCCGCAUGUCGCCCGACGUCGACGGUGACCGUGGCACACCGACCUCGGUGCACGCCUCGUCCGUCUCCGGACCCUCUGAAGCUGGCUAUCCCGACAGCGCCACGGCCGGUGCUGGUACUGUGAGCGCUGCCGCGCUCCAGGAGGCAGGUGCCCGCGCCAGUGUUCCCGCUGGCGUGUUCCCCAACGCUGCUGGUGGCACGAUGAGCGCCCAGCAGUCGCUCGAAAAGUUCUCUCAGGGCUUGGCCGAGUUGGAACGAUGGCUCGAAGCAGCUGAUCAGGAUGCAGGUCUCAGCGAGCUGCCGCAGGAUCACGAAAUUCGGCAUGCACUCCGCCUCAUCCCGAUGAUCGCUGCCCAGUCCGCAAGCCGUGACGAGACUGCCCUCGCCUUCUCGCAGAAAAUCGUGCAGCUGUUGUUCAAGAUCGAGUCCAAGCUUGGUCGAGAGGUCUACGUUGUGCUCCUCGACCGACUGUGCGAAAUUUCGCUCAAAGCGGCCCGCGAGGUGACGGCUUGGCUCAUCUACGCCGAAGACGAGCGCAAAUUCAACGUUCCCGUCACCGUGUCGCUCUUGCGGGCGGGGCUGGUCAAUGUGGCCGAACUCGACGUCCAGCUCGCCAAGCUCAUCAUCCGCGACCUGCGACCCAGCGUCAUCGAGUUUUCGGCGCAGCUUGCGCUCGAGUGCCUUCAGGAGCCCGCCUGCGCCACUCGUCAGCAACUCACCAACACGAUCGAGGCGAUGCAGCGAGCUGAGCAGCAGGGUAAGGCCACGGAUGCUUCCAAGCGCUUCCUGAACGAUCUCGAGAGCGGCCUACUCAAGAGCAAGGUGGAUGUCGGCAACACAGCGCUGCGCGAGCAGCUCGCCUACUGCUUUGCUGAAUGGGCACGUCUUUUCCAGCACUCGCCGAACCCGGAAAAGUCGUUCAUCGACUACGUCACACAGCUUCAAACGCAAGGCAUCCUCAAGGGCGAGGACAUCUCGUCCAUGUUCUUCCGCGUCUGCACCGAGGUCAGCGUAGAUAGCUACAUCAAGCAGAAGGCGGCGGGCGGCUCUGCUGCCACGGGCAUCUUCUCGCCCAUUGACGCCUUUUCGCGUCUGAUCGUCCUCAUGAUCAAGUACCACGCCGAUCCCACGGGCGCCAACAACGAGCAAGCCAAGGUACACUACCUGACCAAGAUCUUGUCGAUCGUCGUGCUGGUUCUCGCCCAGUCGCACGAAGAGCUCGGAGUUCACUUCCAGCAGAAGCCCUUCUUCCGACUGUUCUCGAGCCUGCUCCACGACCUGCAUGCGACCGAAUCGAGCCUGGGCGCUGCCUACACGCAGACGCUGCUGGCCAUCAGCAACACGCUCAACACGCUGCAGCCUUCGUUCUUCCCUGGUUUCACCUUCUCGUGGAUGUCGUUGGUGUCGCACCGCCUAUUUAUGCCCAAGCUUCUCGAGGCCAACCAGCGUGAAGGCUGGGGUGCGUUCCACCGGCUGUUUGCGUCGCUGCUGCGCUUCAUGUCGCCAUUGCUGCGCAACGCCGAGCUACAGGACACUUCGCGCCAGCUUUACCGCGGAACGCUGCGUAUCCUGCUGAUCCUGCUGCACGACUUCCCCGAGUUCCUGUGCGACUAUCACCAGAGCUUGUGCGACCUGGUGCCUGCUUCGUGCAUCCAGCUCCGCAACUUGAUCCUCAGUGCCUUCCCGCGCAGCAUUCGCUUGCCGGAUCCUUUCAGCUCAAGCUUGCAGAUCAGCAUGCUGCCCGAGAUGAGCCAGGCACCGCACAUUGCGUCGGACUACGCCGCGGCUCUCAACCAGAUCGAAGGACUGCGUGCGGCCAUCGAUUCUCACUUCGAGGAAGCCAGAGGAGGCGAUUUGUCCGAACAGCUUGUAACUCUGCUUCAGCAGGCGACGCGCGCAACGUUGUCCAUCAACCACAGCUCAAGCAAGGACGAUUCGACGAGCGUCGCUUCGAUCGCUCUGCUGUCGCCAGGCGGCAUCAACGUCGGCAUCAUCAAUUCGAUCGUGCUGUACGUCGGUGUACGAUCCAUCGAGGCGGGCUGCAACAACGGUGGUGACCAGAGCGGCGCUGCCAUCCUUCGAUGGCUCGUGGUCGAAUCGGCACCCGAAGCACGCUUCGUGAUCCUCACUGCGGCGGCCAACCAGCUGCGAUUCCCGUCGAGCCACACGGCUUACUUCUCGGCUGCGCUGACGCAGCUGUUCGCCGAGAGCGAGGACGAUCUGGUGCGCGAGCAGAUCGUGCGCGUGCUGCUCGAACGCCUUGUCAUCCAUCGACCUCACCCUUGGGGACUGGUCGCGACGUUCAUCGAGCUGAUGAAGACGCAACGUCAUCGCAUGCCGCGGGCACCGGCCGAGAUUCAGGCGUUGCUGGACCACAUUGCAGCCACGCUCGCAGCACCCGUCAACGACGACGGUCACGCUCACUCGCAGCAGCACCAGCAUGCGCACCUCAACGGCCACUCUGCGUUCUUGCCGCAGCAGAUGAUGCAGCAGCAACAGCAUCAGCAGGCUUGA